CAAUCUACCAUGUCCAAGUUCGCUUUAUUCUUCAUCUUGUUGGUGGCGUCUCAGGCCCAAAGUCGUCUCAUCGACGGCCUUGUCGGCGGAGUCAAAGGUGCAGUCAAUGGAGUUGGUAGCUUAGUGGACGGGGUCAAGGAUGGCGUAGAAGAGAUCGGCGAGGGAGUCGGCAAGGGUUUGGCAGGCGUGACAAAUGUAGCCAACGAUGUAGUGGGCGGAGCGUUGGGCGGAGUCACGAACAUCGUCGACGGUUUGGGCAAUGCAGUCGGUGAUGUCGUGGACGGUGUCAAGGAAGGUGUCAACGGUAAUGUGAAAGAAUCUGAAGUCGUCUCCGAGGAUGGAAAGAAGGGUAUUAUUGGUGGAAUCUUGGGAGGAGCUAAGGACGUCGUUGGCGGUAUCACAGGCGGAGAUAAAGACGGAUCGAAGGGCUUGAUUGGAGGAGUUUUGGAUGGGACCAAGAACGUCGUCGGCGGUGUCACGGAUGGAGCCAAGAAC